CAGCGGCUCUGUGCGCAGCGGCUCCGUGAAUGGCAGCGGGCGGCGGGCGGGUGUGAGAUUUUCCCCCAAACACACCGUCGCGGUUUCAGUGUGUGGGGCCAGCAUGUCGGGCGGUGGAGGAACUGAACAUCGCUGGCUGGGAACCUACAUGCCUGCUCUGGUCGUUGGUUUGAUGCUUGUUCUCUACGCUCCGAUCUACACGAACGUCCACGUUUCUGCAGAACCGUGCAAGCCAAAGAACAUUUCAGCCAAAUACCAACACUGUGGGAUUCAGCCAGAUGGAGUCCAUAAUCUAGACUGUUUCCGUAAAUCCAAGAACAAUGAGAAAUGUACGUGGGAACCCGGAAUACAUGGAUCGAAGAGCUACACGUUCAUCUUACAACAAGCAGACAAAUCUCUCUGUGCCGUUUACUACAACAUAACCAAAGCCAGUCAAAAGCUGAUCAUAUUUGAUUACAACUUUACGGUGGAGGUCAUUGAAAGCAACGUGGGGAAGGCGAAUUGCACAAAAGCAGUUUUCAGUGGUUCGAAAAAGACUCUGAAGCGGUCCUGCGGGCCUCCCAGCAAAGUGUCGCCGACUCGCACACCUGGAGCGCUGCAGGUGAACGUGACCUGGCUUAAAGAGGACGGAAACAACAAGAUCUCUGUGAGAUACAGAGCGCUGGGCAGCCGCUGGUGGAACGAGACCGUAGAGUCUCGGCUUCCAAACACAGCCAUGGUGGAAAAGCUAACGCCCUCGUUGGUCUACGUUGUCCAGAUACAAUGUGUGACCACUGCUGAAUGCUCACAGUGUCCAUGGAGUAAAAAUUACUACGUCCCAUCAGAGCUUACAACUCAACCCAUCAUUGUCGACGUUAAAUACGAAGAUAUUACGCAGAAAACCGGCUGCCGGUUGAUUUCCAUAACCUGGAAGUUUCCUGUCAAGGAUCUGUACGACGGCUACCGAGUGACCGUUUGGAAAGAGCCCGGAGAGCCGCCGCAGGAGCAGCUGACCACCUCCGAGCCGGAGAUCAGGCUGAUCCUCUCCUACUCGGCGUACCGCCUCAACAUCAGCGCUUACAACAACGCGAGCGUUUCCCCGGCUGCCACCCACGUCAUACCACAGCACAGGGACGCCAGCAGUGCAGGAGACGGGAGGCUGAACGUGACGGUCCACAACAGCACGGCGUUCACGAUCCACUGGAGGGCCGAUCGGAUCAGGAAGUACGUCUGCUACGUGGUGGAGUGGAUGAAAAAGGGACAUUCUGGAUGGUACCAGUCCUUCUUUGAGGACACCAAUGCCGCGAGGACCGUGUCCUCUUUAUCAGAACAUUUGGAGCCUUACACAAGAUACAGAGUCACUCUGCAUUUGCGACCAUACAAGAACACCUGCAACAUGAAGCACGUCAACGACAGCGAGAGCACCGACGGGACCACAGAGUUUUAUCUCACUGAAGGAUCUCCUGUCAGCGCCCCAGCAAACGUCAGCUUCCACAACGUGACGCUUAAUUCGGCGGUGCUCCAGUGGUCACAUAUCCCAGAGGAAAACUUGAGAGGGUUCCUGCUGGGUUACAUUAUCUACUACACUGAGCAUCACUACCGGGAGACGAGCACAGCGCACAAUAUAACGGUGGAUCCAGGUUCUACCAGCUUUCACAUGGAGGCCCUCGAAAGUGGAACGGCGUAUCAAGUCCAGAUAUCUGGUUUCACGUCAGAGGGCGAGGGAAUCCGAAGUAUUCCGGGUGUCUUUAAAACAGAUCAGAAAGUAAAUUUCAGCAUCAGGGGCGCAAUUGCGGCCUUCGUAGUGGUGGCCUCUUUGCUGGCGUUUGGAUCUCCGGUGAUAAAAAGGGCAAAAGCCAUUCUGUGGCCAAGGGUGCCCAACCCUGGACACAGCAACGCAGUGCAGAAAAUAGAGAGUCCCGGACAACUGAAACUCCUGGAGGCCUUAGCGACUCUAAAAGUAGUGGAGGAAUGGGACACGAAGAGCUUCCAGAUUCUAGAGAGGGAAGCCGUGAUCCUGCCUCAGGCGUCGUCGUCAAUGUUGCCGCACGUCAGGACCUGCGAGGACGACACUCUGGAAAUGGCUCGCGCCUGGAGCGAGAGGGACGGAGACAGCGCGACAGACGAUGAUGACACAGCGGACACCUUGCUGGACACACAGAGGACACACUUCCAGAGCUCACCUUUUACCCUCGCAGGUGGUUACACGACGAUGGAAAUGUUCCAACAGCUCACCCCACAGUGGAUGACGGAAGGUGGCUCAAACACACCGGGCAUCGAAGGCGAACCGGAGGACUUCACUGUGUUAAAGUCUAAGAGAUUAGACUACGUGAGACAAUUUAGCACCAGUCCACCGUCAGACAGUGAAUUUACAUCAGCCCUGCUGUGAACUCCAGGUCGGUUGCUUUGAAAGUCUGGUUCGUUUGGGAAGGUGGUCUCUGGUCCGCCUACAAACCUAGGUCUCCGAUCGGUCGAAGUGACCUCUGGCGAAUCCAUAUGUGAACGCCAAGUGGACCCGAGACCGCUCCAAAAGCAGAAAGCGAACUAUAUUGCUGGGCAUUCUGGGUAAAUACUAACCUAAACAAAUGUGAGAGUCUAGCGCUUGCGGGAGAAAUACCUUGUGGUCUUUUACCAAAGACAGAGGAGGAGUCCUACAGCAGCUAAAGUUGCGCUCAUGUCUUCUGUGGAGACUUUCCUGUUGUUUCCCUUCAGUGGUUCUUGGUGCAGCGCCACCACAGGCGAGGAGGGGAACAGGUUUUUCAAAGGGUUUGGUUCGUUUGAGCCAAAAAUGCAAAUGUUGCAAUUCUGGUCUUCUGGACUACCAGUUGUAGUUUUACACUUGUUGCAGGAUAACAGCUUUUUUUAAAGCUUUAUUUAGUAGAAAUGGCAUGUCAAGCUUGUAUUUAUGUGUACAACUCAACCAUGAAGCGAAUGACAUAACUGCUAAAGUUGAUUGCAAAGGAAGUAUACCAUGCUUUACAUUUGAACGUGAGCAUGUCUACUACUAAAAAUAUGUUCCUGUACGUCACCGAUUAGUCAGUAACUAUAUGGGGAUUUCUGGUUAUUGUUGACAUUUCUUAAAAAGUUUUGUGUGACAAGCACACACACAGACACACAUUCUUGUACUUAUCGAUCUGAGGACUUCCAUUCACUUUAUACGUAUGGAAAAUAUUGGAUGCUAGGUCCAAAUACUGUAAACUUCAACAAGAUCGAAGAAGUACAGUAAAUGCUAGUUUACAAUUAGUUACACGUAGAACAGAAACAACCAAGCAAAACAUCCGAGUGGAAAGUCUCUUUAUUGAGAGCUUUUGCAAUCAAAUAAAACAUAUCUUAGGUUCAAACCAAAGAGUAAUAUGUACAUACAUCCGAAUAUUUCAAACUAUUUUACUGAACCGUUACAUCAAAUCCUCCAAUUUCCCAGCACAAAAAGUUCUCUCAAGUGUGGAGAAGAUGAGCACAUAAAAAAAGUCAUAAAGUCCAUGUUCACAUAGUGGCAGAUGAGCUGGAAACGAUUUAAUUCUGAGAUUUGAAGCUCAUUACUUCCGACAGAUGUGUUAAGAAAAAAAAAAAAAAA